UAAUAUUAUCAGUUAUUUCAGCUGGAAAAUAUCUUUUGCAUUUUCUUUCAGUAAAUUUUCAAGCAUAUGCUUUGAAUGAUUUUUUCAUACUUGAAAAUGAAGAAUGAAAAAGUGUGAUUAAUAAUACUUGUUAUAGAUCAAAUUUCUACUUAUAAUCUUCAUGAUGAUUGCUAUUUUAAUUUUUGUGAUUUUUACAUUUUUCGAUACAAAUGAGUCGAAAUUGACAUCAGUCGUUCGAACCAAGAAUGGGUACGUUCAGGGAGAAAUUUUGAGAACAAUAAGCAAUUCUACAGAGUUUUCUUCAUUCAAAGGAAUUCCAUACGCUAUACCCCCACUGGGUUAUUUGAGAUUCAAGCCUCCUGUUCCAAUAAAACCAUGGAAUGGUAUUCUUAAAGCGACAAAAGAGGGUCCAAAUUGUAUUCAGAAAGAUUUUGUAUACACUUCAGAAUUCACUGGCUCGGAAGAUUGCUUGUAUUUGAAUGUCUACACUCCUGAGGUAAAAUUUAGUGAUGCGGACCCACGGAACUUAUUACCAGUGAUGAUGUGGAUUUAUGGUGGAUCCUUUAAAAGAGGUUAUGCUAAUAGUUUUUUAUAUGGACCUGAUUUUAUCAUUGAAGAAAAAGUAGUUUUGGUAACAUUCAACUAUAGAUUAGGGCCACUAGGUUUCUUAAACUUAAAACAUGAUAAUGCCACCGGCAAUGCUGCUUUAAAAGAUCAAAAUUUAGUUUUGCGUUGGAUCAAUGAAAAUAUUGCCCAAUUUGGAGGUAAUCCUAAUAGUGUCACCUUAUUCGGUCAAAGUGCCGGGGGUGUAGCAGUUGAUUUCCACGGAUUAUCUGAAAUGUCCAAAGGAUUAUUUCACCGCUCGAUUAGUAUGAGUGCUUCUCCACUAUGUCCUUGGGCAUUUCAUACAGGAGAAGCUGCUGUUAAACAAGCUUUCAUAUUGGGUGAAAAACUGGGUAAAGUAGCAUCGAAUAAAAAUGAGUUACUGAAAGUCUUGUAUGAUGCAUCAGCUACAGAUAUUAUGACAAAAACUGAAGAUAUGGGUUCGAGCGAUCCUCCAUUUAAACCAAGUAUUGAAAGUACUGAUGUUGCAAUAAAUGAAAAAAAGUUUAUAACUUCGUGUUCUUAUGGGAACUAUGUAUCCGGAAAUUUUUUGCGAGUCCCGCACUUAACCGGUUACACUUUAAACGAAACGCUCUUGUUCGCAGGAGAUGUUGAGUCAGUAUCAGAUGUGGCAAAGUUUGCUUUGCAGUGCGCGGGCUCAUUUCCCAGAUCAUCUUUACUUCCUUUGCCAAUCACGAAUCAAGUUUUUUCAAAAAUUUCAAAUAAAUCAAUAAAUAUCGUCGACGCCUUUGUUUCUGAAUUGAUAGAUGAAACUUCAGAUAUAUUAUUUGUUACUGGCAUCGAUAUGAAGAGAAAGUUAAUGAGUACUAGAAACGAUCAACCAUUGUUCUUUUAUCGUUUUUCGUACAUUACUGAUCAGUCUUUGCAUAGACUUUUAUAUAAUAUUUCACUAAAUGGAACAGCUCACGGAGAUGAUUUUGCUUACCUAUUUCACAUGAAAAUCCUCAAUUUUUCAUUGAAUUCGAAUGAUCCUACAUUCAUAACUCGAAAACGCAUGGUGCGUUUGUGGACUAAUUUUGCUAAAUAUAGUAAUCCAACUCCUCGGGGCAGUCAAGACGAACUUCUUCAAAGAAUCACAUGGCCAAACUCUCGAAUAAACAACUCCUAUUUGGAGUUUGGAAAAGAUUUGUCAGUAAAAACAAUUUCUAUGGAUAAAUUGGUGGAAGUCCUGGAAACUGGUAGUCCUUUUGCAUUACCCAUACAAACUGGUUGCACAUCAGAUUUAAUUAAAUUGAUUUUUAAACAACUAAAUCCCUUUAACAAAAACAACUAUAUGCAAAAUUCAUUAAAUUUGGGCAUAUCACAAUUAUUUUAGAUGAUGCUUUUACUAACUCUAUUUGUCUAAACUUAAAGAACUAUUUUUGUCAUUAUUUUAUAAAAAGUA